GCUCGGGAAAGAUUACACAGACACACACGCACACACACACAAGUGCAUGUGUCUGUGUGGGUGUGGAACUUGCGGUAAGCACCAAAUCGGUCAGAUCGGAACCAGGAACGAACCGAGGCACUCCAUAGCUGCCGUGUGUCAAAAGAGAGACAAAGACGGAUCGGGAGAGACACUUGGCAGAGAAGGGUCGAGUGGCGUUACACUGAUGAGCGGCGGCGUCAGCGGCGGCGGCGGCGGCGGCGUCAGCGGCGGCGGCGUCAGCAUGCCGUGGUACCACCAGGACCUCACGCGUGUCAAGGCCGAGCAGCUGCUGCUGCAGGACGGCCAGGACGGCUGCUUCCUCGUGCGGAACAGCGAGAGCAUCCCGGGCGUCUACGGACUCUGCGUGCUGCAUCAGAACGUGGUUCACAGCUACAGGAUAAUGCCGGAUGAAGAUGGAAUGCUCGCAGUUCAGGUCACUCGCUCACCCACCCACUCACCCACUCGAUGA